CGAGUCUGCCGAGCCGAGCCGCACCAAACGCAGAGGAUGCGUUCCAAAUUCCGACCGAGGUGAGCGAUCGUAGAUGACAGAUGGUGCUGCGAACGUUCUUCAGCGCACGAAUCAGCACAAAUGACGGAACACGGGACACCGGUUUAAGUUUGAUUCACACCGUGAACACGGAUUUCCAACCUGGAUUCACAACAAUUCUGGAAUAAGAGAAAUGGUAAUCGCAAUUGGAAUCGAAGGUAGCGCGAAUAAAUUGGGCGUUGGAAUAAUUCAGGAUGAACACGUUCUGUCAAACGUACGCCAUACAUACAUUACUCCACCGGGCGAAGGAUUCCUACCUCGAGAGACCGCACAGCACCAUAGAGAACAUGUUCUCGACAUCCUGCGAAAAGCAUUGGAGGACGCUAAGAUAACAUUGAAAGAGGUGGACGUGAUAUGUUACACGAAAGGACCAGGAAUGGGAGCACCUUUGACGGUCGGUGCUCUGGUGGCAAGGACCAUUGCCCAAAUGUACAAUAAACCAAUGGUCGCAGUGAAUCAUUGCGUAGGUCACAUAGAAAUGGGACGCUUAAUCACCAGAAGUUCAAAUCCAACUGUUUUAUACGUUUCUGGUGGAAACACUCAAGUCAUCGCUUACUCUCGUCAAAGAUAUCGCAUUUUCGGUGAGACGAUAGACAUCGCUGUUGGAAACUGCUUGGAUCGUUUCGCGAGAUUGUUAAAACUUUCAAACGAUCCUAGUCCUGGUUACAAUAUAGAACAAUUAGCGAAGAAGGGAACGAAGUUGGCUCCAUUGCCAUAUGUAGUAAAAGGAAUGGAUGUUUCGUUUUCUGGAAUUUUAAGCUACAUAGAGGAACAUAUAUCGUCUUGGCUCGACUCGAAAGAAUUCACCCCAGAAGAUUUAUGUUUCUCUUUACAAGAAACUGUAUUCGCUAUGCUCAUCGAAAUUACGGAACGAGCAAUGGCUCAUGUGAAAUCAUCUGAGGUAUUAAUCGUCGGCGGUGUUGGUUGCAACGAGAGGUUACAAAACAUGAUGCAGAUUAUGUGCGAGGAAAGGAAUGCGGUGCUUUACGCCACGGACGAACGAUUUUGUAUAGACAACGGUGUAAUGAUUGCUGUAGCUGGACUACUUCAGUACAAAAGUCAGGGACACACUCCAUGGACGGAGACAACUUGUAUACAAAGAUAUAGGACAGACGAUGUACACGUUUCUUGGAGAGAAUAAAUUUAUCUUUUCAUA